GUGCUCUCUCUCUCCCUCAUUUACCCUACUUGUUUGCUUGCGGGUGUUAGCGUCAGGAAGCUCAAGCUAUUUUCUUCAAUUGAUGUCAAGGAAUGCCAAAACAGGCGAACUUUGAUCUGUGCAGUCAAUCAAGAUGCUGAGGAAUCAUUUAAAAAGACUGUAGAGGUGGAUAGGCUGAUAGAUACAUUGAGAGAUGCAAAUGCAAAUGAACUUCAGAAGCUUGUUGUAGAAAAUGUCCUUGCGUUCAAUGAGAGUUUUUGGAUACGACUUGCAGCUAGAACUGACACCUGCAAAUCUGAGGAUGAUAAAAAAGAUUAUGAAGAGUUGGCCUCAUCUGUAAUGAGCAUAGUGGAUUUCCUUGUUCAUAAAACCAAUGAAAAAAUAGAGUCUGCUACUGAUGUUCUCAAGGAAAUUUUAAAACCUGUAGUUGAUGAUGUGGAAGAGAUUCCUUGGCCUCCUCGAGAUCCUGAAGCUCUCAAGCUUAUGGAGAAAGAAAUAAACCAAAGGGUGCAGGAAGGGCAACUGGAUGAAGGGUUCCUUGCAGAAGUUAAUGCACAACUACGGCAAGCAAAAGAAGAUGAGGACAAGCCAGGGCUUCAGGCUAUGUUGCAAAAAGUUUUGCAACUAUAUGCUUCCAGAGUCCUCUCUAAACGCAGCUAUGCAAAAAAAGAAAAUCAGGUUUUAAAGGCUGAAGAGUUUCUUGAGACCAUAAUUAAAGCUCCUGAAGGUGAGUGGAAUAAGCUGUUGAUCAACGGUAUGACUGUUGGUAAAGGUGAAAUCUCACCGGAUGAAUUUUAUGCUGUUAUUAGGAAACGAAUGGAACGAACUUUGAUCCGAACGGAGGGAGGUUCUUAUGAGCAACGCGUUCUUACUGAAUAUCUGAAGGGCAUUCAAUCAAGAGCGGAGGAGAUUGUCCAAGUACUUCAGGGAAAUCCACAGUAGUUGUUUUUUUGAAGCUUUUAUGUUCAGAUCGAAGCUGGAAGAAACGUCAGUAGAUGUUAGUGCACAUAAAAUGAAAAGCAGUUCCUCGGUAAAUUUGAAAAUGAAGAGUGGAGCGAUGUAGAGAAAAAGGAAGAUCGGUUUUGGAUACGAUGAACACCAUUACACAAACCGAACCAUACAAGGCUGUCAGUGAACCUCGUAAAAGCGCCUGGAUAAGAUAUUUUGAGUCGGUUUUUUGUUGUUGUUGUUGUUGUUGUUGUGAGUUAAUAAUAUUAGAUUGACUGUAUUGUUGAGAUUGACUAUAUUACCCUUGGAUGCUGCCGCAAAACAGGAACCUUGUGAAUUGGAUACAAUUUGUUAAUACUAUUAUGGUAUGUUCAAAGCGAAAUUCUAUGAUACAACACUUUCGGUUGAUACAGCA